CCACCCUAUCCAUCUUGUUCUCGUCAUCAUCUUGUAUCCCCUCGCCCCCGCCCCUCACCAUGCCGGGGACCCCCUCCACCCCCACGGCCCGGCCGAGACUACACAAGCAGGGCUGGCUCAGAAGAGGAUUGCGAAAAGUCUGCACCAGCGACGACGUCAAAGUACCCAUCCUCCAAUGUAUCCCCUGCGAGCUGACGGUCACCGAUAAACAUGUCCUUCGUCACACGCGAACCGCCAACCACAAGGAGACGUUGCCCGAGUUCUUAUCGGAGCUACAGGAAAAGGGGAUGCCACGAAAUGUUUUGGAUGAUGAGGCGGAUGAGAUAGGAGAGCUGUUGAAGGCUGAGGUGAAAAGGGCAACGCCGUCCAGGUCAAAGGCUCGGAAGACUCCCACGCGCACGCAGACGCCAGUGAAGGGCUACCAGAAAUGGAACCCGCUUUCUCUCUGGCUUGCUGAAGGCGUGUCUUUGUCUGAAGGCCAAAACGAUGGACGGCAAUUUGUAUGCGCGGCAUGCUCGACGCCCGAAGAGUCUUUCGAGAUCCCCGACGAUCGGCAUUCGCUCUGUAGACACAUCCUCACAAAGCGGCAUCGAGAUCGCCUGCUCCCUUACCUCUCGAACCUUGUCCAAUCGCCAGAUUAUCUCGCCAGCAAUACCCAUCCCGCCUCGUCUCUCACCCCGGCGCCUUCCUCCUCGGCUGCUGUUUCUGCCUCGUCUCCAGCCUUGAACGGCUAUAGACCCACUGCCAAGCCUUCGAGAGCGAGAGCGACCACUGUGAAAAGGACGCCUCGCGUCUCAGAACCUCAAGGUAAACCGAGUGAUGCGACUAGUGCUCGAGGCUCACGAGCUUCGCGGCGAGGGAAGGCGCCUGCUGGAGAGUCGCCUCCAUCGACACCCUCCCACCCGUCGGGCCGCCGUUCGCGAGUGAAAGCCUUUCCGCCCCGGCCAGAGAAAUGCCCCUCCCAGUCACCACAGCCUGUGCCGCCCGCUGAGCCUUCAUUGCCUGCCCCAUCUCCCCCGCAGGGCCAGGAGCUCCCUCUCGUGCCUCCAAAAGAGCGCUCCCCAUCACCCGUCAGAGAUCCGGCUGGCGCUACGUCUCAGAAGAGCGAAGUUCAAGUGAAGCUCGAGCGCGAGAGCCCGCCCCCCGUCAUUAUAGCGAGGGCUACGGUCAAGAGAGAUCUCGGGGAGUUGGAGCUGGAUGUGCGAUACGAAAAGUACCCAAGAAAGAAGAAAGUGCGAAGACGUUCGGUCUCGCUUCAUUCAGAGCAAGAUGAGUCGAUGGUUAAUGAAUUACUUUGAGGGAAUUGUGUGCGACAAAUGUCAAUACGCAGCUGGUGGAAGGGCGCCGGAUCUGAGGAGCUAUAGGGGUUAAUGUUUGGUCAGAGUCAGCACUCUCAAGCGCAUACGACUUGACCCUCAUAGCUGGGUGAUUCACCACGAUAAACGCCAAUGGCGGUACUUUUGAUCUCUCUGUCAGCAUAAGUGUGCUUAGGAAGAGCGACAUUGGUGGCUCACAUGUAUGCUUGCGAGUUCUUGUUGAUACGCUACCGAUGUUCAUGGAUAUCUGCUGGUUGACAGAUGAUGCCGCUGCCGUGGCUACGAGCAUUGAUACAAGCAACAUUUCAUGAGCCCAAUAUUCUGC